AUGAUUCACAGGGAGACUAACCUAUCGCAAAGGGAGAGACAGAUCCAUCGUAAACUCAACCCUUCUACUACUGGACAGGGAGCUGAUACGGACAGAAUAGAACCUCAUAAGCUACACUCAUCUUCUGAAGAGUUUUAUCGCAGUGAAAGCGAGAAAGACCAAACUCAAGCUGUGAUGCAGAUUGUUGAACCGAAGAGACAUGAUAUGCAGCAUACAACUUCAAGGAGAAGAUUGAAUCAGAUGCUUCAGAGUCUGAAAAUGAAGCCUCCAAAUGAAAGCCUUUCGUCUGGAUUAAAUUCACAAAAGGACAAUAAUAUAUCGAAUUCAAAUAGACCUAAGACUGACGACGUCGACGACCCUACUGCAUCAAACUCAACAAGAUUUUCCCGCAAGCUCAGAGAACGUAGUAAUACCAGUUCUGAAAGAAGGCAUAAAGGAUCAAUUUCUACAACUGUAUUUACUGGUAGAGAUCUCUACGGGGAUAAUUUGCAUAAUAAGAAGAAGUCUAGCACAUCAGUGAGAACUUCAUCAAAAAAAUCAAAUACUCAAAAUACUUCAGUGGUAAGAGAAUUAGUUCAUGAUUCUAAAUCUUCACCUAAUUUGGAAAGAGACAUAUACACUUCCUCAACAGCUGAUAUAACAACACCCAGAAGCAGAAACUCCAUAGUUCUUGACUCCGAAAGUUUUUCCAACUGCUCUAGUCACUACAAACUACCACAACCUGAGAAGGAUGACAAUUGUCAUACAUAUUUGAAAAAAUUGUCAGUUUAUGGGAAGUGCAUUCCUAUAAUACUUACCGACAGGGAUACUGACUUCAAUUAUGACUGUUUAAAAUAUUUCAUAAGUAGCUCAUUUGAUUUCGCAAGAGAACCAUUAGAUGUAGCUUUGAGAAAGCUUCUCAUAUUUCUGGACUUACCAAAGGAAGCACAGAAGAUUGAUAGACUAUUAUUAGCAUUUAGUGAAGUUUAUUAUAAUACUCAUGAAAUUUACAGUGACAAUAAUUAUAAAAAUUUUUGGACGAAUUCAAGUCAGGUAUUCUUUGUUGCAUUUGCCCUAUUAAUAUUACACACUGACCAUUUUAAUGAAAGAAAUAAACAAAAAAUGACAAAACAAGAGUUUAUAAACCUUAUUCAUGAUGAUGAAAAUUCCUUUGGAAACUUAAUUCCAAUUAAAAUGAUAUCUUAUUUUUAUGAUAACACCAUCGCCAAAGAAUCCCCAAAAUUCGACAUAAAGAUACCAAAUGAUUACGAUAACUCAUUUUAUGUGCCUGAAGAAUUAAUAAGAAGCAAUGCAAUUUCUGCGAAUAACAACUUGCUUCCAAAAAAAAUGGCCCAUAGAAAUUCUAUAUCGUCAUAUUUUUCACAUAAUACGUUGUCGAUAAACACCCCAAUUCAAGAUGAUAUAGAUAUUUAUUCAAACAUCAUGAAUGCUACUCUUGACAGUGUAAGUAUGAAUGGUCAGGUGGAAAAGUUAUAUAAGCCUGCUUUAAAUUUACUAGAGAAGCAGCUCCCUCUUCCCAAGUGUUGUAGUUUGAUCAGAUAUGGAAAAGAUGAUUACUGCAUCAAUGCUCUUAAGACAGGAAACUAUGAUUUCUGGUAUGGAGGAAAAUGGUAUCCAAAUCAGCCGAUUAUUCUUACAAGAACAUCAAUUAUAGCCAAAAAUUUAAGCAUUGGUUGGUAUAAUGAUUUUGUGCUAGAAAGUCAGGAAUACACGUAUUUCUUCUCAAAUCUUGAUACAGUGACGGCAGUGACGCAAGAUAGCUUAGUUUGUGUACAUUAUGGCGCAGUUAGCUUUAUGAUUAGAAUCAAAAAUCAGGACGAAAGGACAGAAUGGAUGCAUAUAAUGAAUGUCUGUGCCGCUUUCGACUGCACAUCUCAUAAUUUAGAGGUCAGCACCAGAAUGGCCUCGUUGCUGAAUGAAACAAUUCUACUGACAACCAACAUUGAGAAUCUAGAAAAAAAGCUGUCCUUAUUCAGAUUUGCCGUUCCGUUAAGCCUACUGACUAGAAAGGAUCUCAUAAAUGAUAUCAAACAACUCAUACAGAAAAUAACCCUCUUCCAAUAUGAAUUAUUCAAGGAUAAUUAUCAAAUUGAAAUUAUCGAAGAAUUCAAUAUGAAUUUUAGAAAUCUUAUAUCCGACACCGAUGUAGACAUUGUCGAUGGAUCUGCUGGGAAAGCUGUAUCCAGAGAUCCUUGUUGGAUUUCUGAGUUGGAAGCACUAGACAUUAUUUGA